GCACCGCAGCAGCCAGCAGCCAUGCAAUAGUCCACAUCCUGGUUGGUGCGCCUCUUCUACACGUCCCCCCGCCAUCUGGCUUCACCGGCGUUAUUGCUUGAUCGUCAGAAGGUCAACUACCACUCUCUUCACCGCAUAAUUGUGUGAGAAGACCUCUUACCACCUCGAAUUCACACCCCGCCGUAUUGCAAGGUCACUUCAGGUUCGACCGAUUCAGCACCCUGACAACAUCCCAUCCGAGUAUUCCCGCUUCAAGCCAAAGUAGACAUUUUGCAGCUAUAGAUAUCGAUCUGUGAACCCGUAUCAUCCUCGCGCCAGUCAGCAUGGAGACCCUCAAAGCAGUCUUUUUCGGGCCGGAUCCUCAAACGCAGAUGAGGAAAUGUAAUCAGCUUAUCCGCGCCAAUACCCGACAGUUGGAUCGGGACAUCGCACAACUGAAGACUCUGGAAAGCAAGACACGACAGUACAUCAUGAAUUCAUCGAAGCGGGCCCAGCGCAAUCCCUCCCAGGCCAAGCAGGCCAACAUGGAGGCUAAGACAUUUGCGCGAGAGCUUGUUCGCAUUCGCAAGCAGUCCACCCGUUUACACACCAGUCGCGCCCAACUGCAGAGCGUUCAGAUGCAGGUCAACGAGGCCUUUUCAGUUCGGAAGAUUCAAGGCAGCUUGAAGAAGUCUACGGGCAUCAUGAAGGACGUCAACACAUUGGUCCGGAUGCCCGAGUUGAAUGCCACGAUGCGUCAGCUGUCGACGGAACUGGUGCGGGCUGGAAUCAUCGAGGAGAUGGUCGAUGAUGCCAUCCCGAACAACGAAUUGCUGGAGGAAGAGGAAGAGGAAGCAGAGGAGGAGGUCGACAAGGUCCUGCAGGAGAUCCUGCACGGCAAGCUGUCUCAGGUCGAAGGGGUUCAGCCCGAGAAGCCAUUGGAAGAGGCUCCAGAACCGGAGGACGAGUUCGCGGAUCAAGAAGCGACACUCGAGCAGAUGCGGGGACGCCUCGAAGCCUUGAAGAGCUGAGGAACAUUGAAGACGAUUGCUUGCAUCUGCGUCUUGGCUGAUGUGACGAGAACAGUGGAUUACAAGAUGCCACUCAAUACGGAUUUCUUUCCUUUCAUGUUGUGAACGGCGUUUGGGUAGGAUGGCGGGCGUCUUUGGGAUGAUCGUAAGUACCGGUUGAGCUUAUUUCGUCCUAAUGUUGACUACGGGACUGGCCCUUUAUUGGGAGCUUUGAGCGGAUUGAGCUGUUUCUGUUGAUAUGAAGACUUUUUUCCGAGAAUAUCCCUGCUCGUAAAUAUACUUCAUCAUCUUUUCUUCCAUGCAACUUCGGGUUCGACUGGGCUUUGAUUGCUCUAAUUGAGUUUUUGGGCAGCAGGGGCUCUUGGCGGCAGCGGAAGGUUACAGAUAAGCGCGAGCUUAUGAGUCUGGACUCAUAUGUUGGAUUGAAAUGAAUAUACGAG